AACAAGCGAAAGCAAAAGGAAUUAUUUUUCUUAAAAUUUAUUAUCAAAGCUUUAUUAUAAUAAGAUAUUUUAUAAACAUGUUGAAAAAUGUAUACUCUAAUUCACGGUUUUUAUAAGUAUAUGGUACAAAAGGAUGAAUACUGUGUCCUUAUUCUUGGUCUCGACAAUGCAGGCAAAACGACAUAUUUGGAGGCUGCUAAAACGAGAUUUACCAAAAAAUAUAAAGCAAUGAAUCCAAACAGAAUAACCACAACCGUGGGACUAAAUAUAGGUAAAAUAGAUGUGGAUGGAGUGAGGCUGAAUUUCUGGGAUCUUGGCGGACAACAAGAGCUUCAGUCCCUUUGGGAUAAGUAUUAUGCUGAGUGUCAUGCAGUUAUUUACAUUGUUGAUUCAUCAGAUAGAGAAAGAAUUUCAGAAUCAAAGGAGACAUUUGAUAGAAUGAUAGCCUCGGAGCAUUUAUCUGGUGUUCCAUUAUUGGUGCUAGCCAACAAACAAGACAUUCCUGACUGUAUGGGCGUACAUACAGUUAAACCUAUUUUUAAUCAAAAUGCCCACCUCAUUGGAGCUAGAGACAUUAUGUUGAUGGCAAUAUCAGCAUUGACUGGAGAUGGAGUUGAUGAGGGUAUAAGGUGGCUAGUGGACUGCAUAAAAAGAAACAGCAUUGACAGACCAGCUAGAAACCAUGAGGAUAAUCUAUAGCGAAUAUUGCACAUGAUAUGAAUGCGCACCUCAUAUCAAUAUUAUGUCGCUUGUGGCCCACAAACAUUGAAUAUUAAUGAGUUUUCCAAAUGAGAUAAUAAUGUGACUCAAACUAUUGUUGUGUAUAGUAUUGACUAUUGAAAAUAAAACAUUAAAUCUAA